CCUAAGGGAGGGGAGUUGCUGCGGGCCACCCGGUCAGGUGCACUCCGGCAUGGCUUCGGCCUCUUCCGGCGGCGGGGCUGGGUUGUUGCGUUUCCUGCGGCUGGUCGGGCAGCUCAAGAGAGUCCCACGGACAGGCUGGGUAUACAGAAAUGUGGAAAAGCCAGAAAGUGUGUCAGAUCACAUGUACCGGAUGGCGGUUAUGGCUAUGGUGACCAGAGACGACCAUCUGAACAAGGAUCGAUGUAUACGCCUAGCCCUGGUUCACGAUAUGGCAGAAUGCAUCGUUGGGGACAUAGCACCAGCAGAUAACAUCCCCAAAGAAGAAAAACAUAGACGAGAAGAGGAGGCUAUGAAGCAGAUAACCCAGCUGCUGCCAGAGGACCUCAAGAAGGAGCUCUAUGAACUCUGGGAAGAGUAUGAGACCCAAUCCAGUGCAGAAGCCAGAUUCGUGAAGCAGCUGGACCAGUGUGAGAUGAUCCUUCAGGCAUCAGAAUAUGAAGACAUGGAGAACAAACCCGGGAGGCUUCAAGACUUCUAUGAUUCCACAGCAGGAAAAUUCAGUCACCCUGAGAUCGUCCAGCUUGUUUCUGAACUGGAGGCGGAGAGGAAUGCCAAUAUACUCACAGCGGCCGCAGAGCCGGGCUCCUGAGCUCGGCUCCCUGUUCUGCCCCACCGCUUCCUCGUCUUCUUCAUGGGAACGUGUUUGUCUACUGUCGGUCUGAGGAUCUCCCAAGAUGGGAGUCUAUUUUCUAUUGCCUGGACUUGAACAAGAAUUGUGAUAGAAUCCAGGCGAAGCUACCAAACCGGAAGUGGUCAGGACGAUGCCAUGGAUGAAGACUCGGGAGGAGGAUGCCUAUUCUGUGAAUGAAAUAAAUGUUAAACACUCCAAA